CUCAAAUUUCUCUACUAUCGUGCGCACGGAUGCGCCGUGCGCUCACAAUUGGUCUUCCCCAAGAAAGAGAGGAGACGAUCAAUCUGAUUAGUCCUCAGGAUACUGCAGAGGCGUCGAGAAGGGAAGGAGAGAGAGAGACGAAUUGGUGACUCGGUGGGAAAUGGAAGGCGAGCCAACUCGGGUGAUGGUGGCGGUGAACGCUUCCACGAUCAAAGGCUAUCCGCACCCGUCAAUAAGCAGCAGGGGAGCUUUCGAGUGGACUCUGCAGAAGAUCGUCCGCUCCAACACCUCCGGCUUCAAGUUUCUAUUGAUGCACGUCCAAGUUCCCGACGAAGACGGUUUCGAUGACAUGGAUAGCAUAUAUGCUUCCCCUGAAGAUUUCCGAAACCUGAGAGAGCAAGACAGGGCAAGAGGCCUAAGUCUUCUCGAGUUCUUUGUCAAGAAAUGCCAUGAGAUUGGGGUUAGCUGUGAGGCUUGGAUCAAGAAAGGAGAUCCUAAAGAAGUGAUCUGCCAUGAAGUGAAACGCGUCCAACCAGAUUUUCUGGUUGUGGGAAGUCGCGGUCUUGGCCCAUUCCAAAAGGUAUUUGUGGGGACGGUGAGCGAAUUCUGUGUGAAGCAUGCGGAGUGCCCUGUUAUCACCAUCAAACGCAGUGCCGAGGAAACUCCCUCAGACCCAAUUGACGACUGAAGUGAAUCUAUCAAACACGUCUGUGGGUUGUCCUGUUACGGUGAUUAAAAAGUGGUUGCGCUUACUCAGAUGAUAACCGUACAUUUGGUGUGUAGUGUCUUGCUUCUUUCUCUCUGUCGUGUGUGUGUCUGUAUGCGUAGAAUGAUUUGUGGAUUGGUGGUGGUGUAUGUCUUAUGAUGGGUUGAGAACAUGCGAUGCCGUAUCUCAUGAGGAUGUUGCCUGAUGUUUUUGCACGUACCGAAUUAUGUCAUAUGGGCUGAGAAGUACGAUGUUAUUAUUUCCAGGCA